CGGUCUUGUUGGGGCUGUGACACCAUUUUCGUUUCAGUUCGGUCACGGAAAACUAGCAAGUCGCCGUCAAAUUGCAAACGAUCACGAGUAGUACAAGUUUUAAGGGCCUUGAACAACAGAACUAGUCCGCCGUCCGUGAGGAAGGCACUUUGCUGUCGAAGGUGUGCCGGUGAAAAUCGGUGUUAAGAGCACUUUUUUGUUUUUACUGCCUGGAAACAAAACGUUUGCACCUAGCUGCACCAACCAAUAUGGCGUCGGAACGGUACGAGCUUAAUAUGAAUAUGAAGUGUGUCAAGUACAUGAUCUUCGUCAUCAGCAUUACGUUUGCGGUCGUGGCCGCAAUGCUCCUGUCGAUGGCAGUGGCCAUCGGUAAUCUGUUCGAUGAUUUCCAGAACUUUAUUGAUUCACACUUCUUCGUACCGCCGAAUCUGCUCAUUGCCAUCGGUGUCAUUCUGCUGGUAAUUGCACUGUUCGGGUGUGUCGGUGCACUGAAGGAAAGCACGGCCAUGAUCAACAUUUAUGGUGUGUUGCUGUUGAGCGUGUUUGUGUUACAGCUUGCAGCAGCCAUUACGGCGUUUGUGCUGCGCGGUCAGGUUGAGAUGAUGGUGCGUCAAAAGAUUUUCGAUUCGAUGGCCGAUUACAAGCAGCAGGAAGGGUACCGCAAUCCAAUCGAUAUGUUGCAGAACACGCUCGAAUGUUGCGGUGUUGAUGGAUAUAACGAUUGGGCUCAGUUCUUGCCGUCGGAUGGUAUUGUGAUGGAGUAUCCGGAAACUUGCUGUGCAGCACCACCGAUCGAUGGGGAAUGCAUUCCACGCGACUAUGGUUGCUACUCGCGCCUUUCGUGGCUGAUCUCGCAGGGAUCGGUGCUGAUCGCGACCGGUACGAUUGCUGUCGCUUUCGUUCAGGUAUUGGGAGCUGUCUGUGCGUUCAUGCUUGCCAGUGCAAUUCGUCGGGCAAAGACGCUACGUGCUACGCGUCGUUGGCAUCUGCAGCAGAGCCUUGGUAUUAUGACCAAGACACUUGAACCGCAGUACACGGGAAUGGAGAAAUCGGAGGCUAACGUUGACCCGGACAAGUAUCUUCCUACUAGCCCAAGCGUCAACUAAGGUCUAAGGUCUUACUGAAGUGUAUCCGCUAGUUGAGUUGCUUAAACUAUACGCAAGCAUGUAAUAUUUUCGUGUUGAAUAAAUGUGAUGAUAAGAGUGAACGAUUUUGAAAUUGAAA